AUGGCUCAUCCAGAUCGGUUCAGUCUGACUGAGGUCCUGGGGUCUUUCAAAGAAUGUCUGACUGACAACGGAGAAAUCCUGCAGGAACAUUACUUAGAAGGAUGGAAAGGACUGGUAAAGUUUAUGAACAGUCUGGGAUCGGCCUUUUCCUUUAUUUCACAUGACGCUGUCACCAAAAUCCAAAUUCUGGAACACUACAGACGUGGUGCGAAUGGUCAACAGUAUCUGACGAUUCAAUCAAUGGUGAAGUAUGAAGUUGGUAACAAGCUUGUGGAUCUGACAAAGCGGGGUGACCACUGGGAUUCUGGCUGUCGUACACUAUUGCGGCUCCAUCGUGCCCUCAGGUGGCUACAGCUGUUUCUGGAGAAACUGCGAGUAGCUUCUGAUGAUAGCAAAACUUCUGUUCUUUGUACAGAGGCAUACCAGGAUUCCCUAGCUAAAUAUCAUCCCUGGAUAGUACGCAAAGCUGCAACUGUUGCCUUUUAUAUGCUGCCGAGCCGAGCAAACUUCUUUGAGGUUAUGAAUAUGGGCCCAACAGAGAAGGUGGUAUCUAUACUGGGGGAAGCACUGCCGGUCGUUGCAAAGACUUAUGACAUUACAGAAGACCUGUACAGUCAAUAUGGCCUGCUUGAUCUUCCUUAAUCCUGUAGUUUGCACAAAUAACCCACUUGUUUUACAGUGUUGGGUUUUUAAUAGUGAUAUUUGCAAAUACUAGCUUUGGCAAUCAAAGAUGGUAAAAAUUACUUUAAUUAAUCUGAUAAUGAGCUGUUGGAUGUAGUGAGUCAGUACUCCCUUCACAUUAUGAUAUUGUUUAUUAAAAGGUCAAAUAUGCAUUUGAGAUCACCAAACUGACAGGAUGAAUAUAUCACUUACAUGGAUACUUUUGAAAUUAAUUUUAGAAACGUUUAACACUAGAUGUUAAAGUGGCUCCAUGGCAUGCAACUGAUGUAGAGUUGGUAUAAAAAGACUAUCAAGCCAAGUGAAAUGUGGAAUUAGGUACAGUAAGAGUGUUGCUCUAAGAUUAGAAUAGAUUGACAAGUGUUCCUCUUCAUUUAUAAAUCUUAGCUCAUCUGAGAACGAUUGCAUAUACUGCUGUACAAAUAGAAAUCAUUCUAUUCCCAUAGAACUGCUAUCCCUGAUCUCCAUCCUAUACUUUGACUGUAGAUUUUGAAGCAGCUGUUCUGUUUAAUCAUAACUGUUUUGGCUGCCAGUGGUGUUUGGUAGCUGCUGCAGAAUACACCACCAUUUCUUCUGCAUUUUUCAGACAGUAUUGGUGCCAUGAUGAUGCACCAUCCGUGUUUUUUUUAAUUAAGUAAAACAGCCUAAAUGUUAUUUUUAUCAGGAUGGAAAUUAUUCAUUUUAUGAAACUUUAGGAACAUUCCAUUUACAAUGCUUCAGAUGAACAAGAUGAAUCUUUCAUUCAGUCUCUCUUGCUGACCAAGAACAUACUUCAUAUUUUAUCGUGUAACUGAAGAUUACAUCUUUGCAACAUUUUCUCAUUAAUCUAUAAGUUGCACCACCCCAUGGAUCACUAUUUCCUGUACUUCUCUCUAAAGGUGUUGACUGAUGAUACCUGAUUUGAGGGUCUUGACAGCCUAAACCUUGUCCCACUGCCCAUUCUUCAUCUCUGAAUGUGAACAGAGAGCCUGGUCCACUGUGGUAUGUAUUUAGGUUGGCCUGAAUCUGUUGUCAGUGAUUUGAACACAUUUGUACUUCGCAGUAUAGUGUUACUGGACAGCAAGCAGGAAUGCAGAUUGCAACUGACAUUGUUUAUUCCUGUUACUCUUAUCCAAGGACAGUGCGACAGUGUAGCCAAACAUAGGGUCUCAGUCAGAAUUAGGCAGCCCAGUCUAAGUCACGGAUUGGGUUCUGCCUAGCCCAAAGACACAUGAUAAAACUCUGCUUAUAUGUGAGAAAAUUGAGCAAAGAAUGAGUCACCCCCUUUAUGUUUCUUUUCACUUUCUAUAUAUCAGUAAAUUCAAAUGAGUACCCUUCCAUUUUCCAAUUAUGUUUAAUUUACUUUGUUCCUUGAGGAAAUGAAGUCCGAGUACAAUCCAGAUGAAAGAUCCAAAAUGUUCUUGUUGCAGGUGCUGACAGAUUCUCUGACUGUCAGUAUUCUAUGUGUUUCAGAUCCGUAGUCCUCUUGGUUCUGAUCUGAUUUGCAUUUUUGUUAAUCGCAUUCAACUUUGAAUAAAUUACAUGAAGUUAAAACUGUUGCAAGAGCAAGCAGCAAAACCAGCAGAUUACUAACUGUGGAAGAGACUCCCUAUAUUAAUUAUGCAAGAUAUCGCAUUGAACUCAGAUUUUUACAUCAUAGUAGAAGGAGGAAUUAGUUUACAUUUUUGCACUUUUUUGUUUUUGGAUAUUUGCAUAAUUUGCAAUAAGGAAAUGAAAAGGGAAUGUAUGUUGGUUUGUGAAUAGUUUGAAAGCUUUCAUUGUUCUGUGAGGAACGAAUAAGCCAUGUACUUAGGUUUUGCAGCUCUCUCCUCUUUCUGGCCACAAAUCUACUGUCAAUUGCUGUGUUCCUGAUCGCCAACCCAAGGCAGGCUCCAGGACAAAGAAUGUCCAGGGUCAGGAUGGAAUGCUGCUAUCAGGCAGAAAUCCGUGGCUCAGAAUCAGCCACAAUUUUCCUUACCUGAUCUCUAUGAUUAUUCAGAUCAAUUUGCAUGUCUCAACUGAGAGCAGCAAAAUUUUGGAUUAAGCAAAGGACCUUCAUUGCAUGGUUAGGGGCAUUGCAUGAAAUCUGCUGUUCACUGGAGGAAUGAAAAGCAGUUCUUUACUUUUCACCCUUCUAGAACAUGAGUUUACUACUGCAUUUAACAACACCAGGCUAUGGCAAGGCUAAAGAAACAAAAAUGUGUCCUUUCCACAGGUGCUGGAAACUGACAGUAUGGAAUUUGAGCAAAAGCAGGAUAAGAACAGCUAUGAUGUACCCUGUGCUAUUUGUUAUCUAGACUGAUAUGUGAAUGAUGGAUGCUGUGGUAAUUUUAGCCCAGAAGAGUCACUGCCUAAAGGACACCAGAGAAAAUAAAUAAGAAAACAUAAGUGAUCUCACAAUUACAGUGGACUUUAAUUUCAUGACAAGUACCAGAAGGGAGUCUUGAUGAUUACUUGCACUCAUAUCAAUAUUUUUACUGGGAUUUUUGCCAUCCCUUUAUUGUGUUCACAUAUCAGCUUCAGUCAGCAUUAGUCUUUGAUCAAGAAAAGUCACUUUUUUUUUGUUUUUGGGCUACUGUAUGUGAAUGGGUUUGACCUACUCCUGGAAGAUUUCUUUAUUGUUAAUCCAGUUGUAAACUUGUCUAAAUUUCAAACAUUAAUAAUAACAUGAAAUUUAGACUUAAAUCCGUCUUCCUCAUGAAUAAUGUGAAAUUCUUUGUUGGAUCUGUGAUCUGAAGUGAUUUAAUUUAUAAUCAAAUCUAAUGUACCUUUUGGAAUUUCAGUAACUUCGUUCAAUGUAUGAGAGGAUUAAAUUGUGCACAUA